AUGGUGACGUAAAUGCAGCAGACAAAAAGCAAAGAAGAAACGUUUGUGAUGGCGUUCACGAUUGUACGCGGGAAUUUUUGAGAUCGCAGUGAUUACGUUGUAGGGAUGCAGCAAGAGUUUUUUUUACGCAAGAAAUCUUCUAUUAUUAAUCUUCUGUGAAAGCAUAUGUGGGAACAGUUUGGAUGAUCGUUGCUACUGGAGCAUAUCUGCUUCUGGACGAUUUACAUUUGAACCGUAAAAGCGGCGGUGGCUGUCUUUAUUAAUAUCAGUAGAGCUGCUUUAUGCUAUUGGAUUCUCCGAAUAUUAUUUAUUUAUUUACUUACUGUACGAUGAUUAAGUGUAAAUCCAGAAAAUCUUCCAUGGUCACUGGAGUUCAGUCAAACAUUUCUGCCUUUUUUGUCUCAAAGGUUUCACCAAAGUCACCUAAAAAAAUUGCAGCUGGCAUUACAAGAUUCCCUGUUUCACUGAAGACUAGUUUUGUGGAGGAUAAAAAUGUCCCCUGCUCUCCAACCCCUUCUGCUGUUCCAGAGACGCCUGACAGUUUGAGGAGCGAGAACCCUUCAGACACUUCCUAUGAGAACCGCUCGCCUGUUUCCCGUGGCCUACAUACUAAAGGUGUCAGGGGUAAACCUAGCCUGAUGGCACGUAAGCUGAUGCAGCCACAGAAAAACAGCAGUCCAGAGUCAGAGGAAACUUUUGAGCUUAAGAAUGGCCUAAGUCACUCUGGCUCUGUGAAGAGGUUGUUGCACAGCUCAGAGAACAUCCAGAGUGCCAAACGGUCCAGGACCAUGCAAUUUCAGAAACUACCUGAUUGUGACGCAAGCUCUCCAGGAGCCAAUCGAAAUGCUUUUUCAAAGAGUCCUGAGAAAAAAAUUAAAGCUGAGUCUGUCAGUUUUGAGAGAAGUCGACUGGCAACUGGGUCUUGUGUGAAAAUGAAUGGAGAAACAAAGCCCUCAAGAAAACCCUCUCAACAUCUGAGCUUCAGUACUAGUGAAAAAGAAAAUUCACUUGCUGUAAACCUGAAGCCAGAAAUAGACAUGAGUACGGUUUCUGGAACGAAUCAUUUUGAUCAUGUGAUAUCCUAUAGUUCAUGGAUACAAAAUGGAUCUACUGAAGACAAAGAGAGUUUUCUCAGCUGUCCAAUCACUAAGAAGAGACCCUUGAGUACUGCUGAUCUGCAAGCGAAAGACAAAAUUGCUGAUGGAAAAACUUUGCCAGCCCCAUUUGAAGAUGAUUUUACUGAUCUGAUAGAUGAUUGGUUUGAUGAUGGCAUGGAUCAAAAACCGGAAGCGCCAAAACCCAAGAAGUUCAGUCAUGAAAAAAACAAAGGGGUACUGGAUGUACGGGAUAUCACCUCAUCACGAAGUUGCACUGAGAAGCACUUAACCAUCACCUGCUCCAAGACAACACAGUCCAGAGAGACCUGUAUUCUCAAAGAUGGCUGGGAGAGUACUCCGGUUGCCGUUGGGGAUGUCAUUCACUUGGAAGGGAGGUGUGUUUCUGGCUUGUGGACGAUUGAUAGAGACUCUGGUUUCCUGGUUCUGCUGCCUGACCUGCUGAUAUCGGGGACCAGCAUUGCCAACAGUAUUCGCUGCAUGAGGCGAGGGGUGCUGGGAGAGAUGUUCAAGGCAUUUGAUGGUGGAUCUAAGCAGAUGUUAAAUGGUACCAUAGUUCAUGAUAUCUUUCAAAAAGCAGCCAUGUCCUCAGAUUUCUCCCCAGAGCGGAUACAGACAUUUGCUGCAGAGGCCCUAAGAAGCCCCAACUACCUCGGACAAAUGUACAGUCUAAAGCUGACCCAAGCUGACAUGAAACAGGAAGUAGAAGAAUACCUUCCCUCUUUAUCUGAGUGGUCAAAACACUACCUCCACACUUCACCACAGGCUGGACAAAAGCAGCUUACUCUCAAACUCCCUAGCGACGGGGCUCUGAGCACGCAAGAUGCCACCUGUAGCGUGACAGUCACAGAUUAUGUAGACAUUGAAGAGAACAUGUGGUGUCCACAUUUUGGCCUGAAGGGGAAGAUAGAUGUCACAGCUGGAGUUAGGAUUCAUCGGAGAGGCAGAAAGCCCACAGAGAGGAUUGUGCCACUGGAGCUGAAAACCGGCAAGGAGUCCAACUCCAUUGAGCAUCGCAGUCAGGUUAUUCUGUACACAUUGAUGAGCUCAGCUAGACGUUGUGAUCCAGAGGCAGGUUUCCUUGUCUACUUGAAGACUGGCAGUCUACAUCCUGUUGUGGGCAACCACAUGGACAGAAGAGAGCUGAUUAAAAUAAGAAACUCAUUGGCCCAUCACAUCGGAAACAACCUUAUUAAGGUGAAUGGAAGAAGUCAAAUGGCCCCAUUGCCUGCCAUUGUAUCUGACCAGCAGGCAUGCAAGUACUGUCCUCAGAAAAGGAACUGUGCAGUUUACAACAGAGCUGUAGAGAGAGAUCCCAUGGAGAACUGUAGUGAAGAUCCACAGCCCUUUGUGCAGUCAGAGAGAGAGCACCUCAGCCAUGUGCACCUCCAGUACUUCAGCCACUGGUUGCUGCUCUGCACGCUGGAGGCUCUCACCAUGGAGAACAAAGCAGGUCGACGCAAUAUCUGGCUUCAGACUGCCCAGCAGAGGGAGAAAAGUGGUGGCUGCGUGGCUAACAUGCACUUAGCUGGAGACGUCAGCAUCCUCUCUGAUGGUGUAUAUAAGCACAGCUUUGUGAGGAAGGAGAGCGAUCAGACGCUGACUGGGCUGAUAGUGGGCGACAGGAUUGUGGUCAGUGAUCAGGAUUUGGUGCUUAUAGGCCUAGCCACGGGAUAUGUCACAGAAAUAACUGUCAGUGGAGUGACUUGCUCUUUGGACAAAAACCUUUCCAAGUAUUCUUCAAACACAGUUUUCCGACUGGACCAGGAUGAAGGUGCAGGCGGUCUUGGCACCCAUUUAGGAAACCUGUCUAUGUUAAUGGAAAACACUCCAACCAGUGAAAGACUGAGGGAGCUGAUUGUGGAAUUCAGGCCUCCCCAGUUCAUUGACAGCCUCAGCAGUGUUUUGCCACGAGACGCCAAGGACACUGUGGCCAACAUUCUGAAAGGACUCAACAAACCCCAGAAACAAGCCAUGAAAAAAGUGCUACUAUCCAAAGACUACACGCUUAUUGUGGGAAUGCCAGGUACUGGGAAAACUACCACCAUCUGUACACUGGUGCGUAUACUCCAUGCUUGUGGCUUCAGUGUACUUCUGACUAGCUACACCCACUCUGCUGUGGACAACAUCCUCCUGAAACUAAAGAGGUUUAAGAUUGGCUUCCUGCGACUGGGUCGUUCUCAAAAAGUGCACCAUGACAUCCUGCCCUUCACGGAGGAGUCAUGUCGGGCCAAAGGCAUCCAAACACUAGAAGACCUGGAACAACUGUAUAACAAAGAACUGAUUGUGGCCACCACCUGUAUGGGUGUCAAGCACCCGAUAUUCAGCCGCAGACGCUUUGACUUCUGCAUCGUAGAUGAGGCAUCUCAGAUCAGUCAACCUGUAUGUUUGGGUCCGCUCUUCUACGCCCAGCGCUUUGUCCUGGUGGGAGACCACCAACAACUUCCUCCGAUUGUACAGAAUGCUGAAGCCAGAACACUGGGCAUGGAUGAGAGUUUGUUCAAACGUCUGGAGCACCAUAGUGAUGCAGUUGUUCAGCUGAAUGUGCAGUACCGAAUGAACAGUGCGAUCAUGUCCCUGAGCAAUGCUCUGAUGUACGAGGGCCGACUGGAGUGUGGCUCUGAGAGAACGGCAAGUGCAGUGCUGCAGCUACCCAGUAGAGCUCAGGUUGAGGAGGAACUGGACCUGUUUGUGUGUCAGCCACAGCAUAGCGCAUGGGUCCAGGCUGCACUGGAGCCCAAUAGUCCUGUCUGUUUCCUGGACACAUCUGAGGUUCCCGCCCCUGAGACGGUGGAGAAAAGUGGUAUCAGCAACAACACGGAAGCCAUAUUGGUACAAGCCAUUGUCACUCUGCUGCUCAAGGCUGGAUGCAGAGCGUCUGAUAUUGGGGUCAUUGCUCCAUAUCGACAACAGCUAAAAGCCAUCUCCAGUCUGCUCCAGGGAGAUGCCUAUAAAGCUCUGGAAGUCAACACUGUGGACAAAUACCAAGGACGUGACAAGAGCGUCAUCAUUGUGUCCUUUGUUCGAAGCAAUCCUGAAGGCAACCUGGGUGAGUUGCUCCAAGACUGGCGCAGGCUGAAUGUGGCCAUCACUAGAGCCAAACACAAGCUCCUCAUGCUAGGCUCAGCGCCCACCCUUCGCCGGUACGCACCACUAGAGAAACUUCUCUGCCAUCUUCAACAGGAAGAUAUGAUCUUCCAGCUGCCUGCUGCUGCCCAUGAGGCACUACCCAGAAUCCACUUGUGAUAAAAACAAAAACCUCUUCUGAUCCAUAGUGUAUGUCAAAGAUAAUGCUGUGAAACUUUUACUUGAAGAAAAUUUAAGUGAAAUGGUAUACAUAAGCUUCAGAUGACUAUAGACUACUUUUAUUUUGUUUUAAUAAUAGAUGUUAAGUUAAAUAAUAAAUCACUGCUGACAGGCCCUAGUACAUAAUUACACUCAUGAGUUUCUUUACUCAAUUCAUUCCUACCUCAUGUUGCAUACUUUUAAAUUCAUUCAAGUUUUAUCCAUGUAAGUGUUUUGUGUAU